AGACUUAGGAAAGAAGAGGAAGAGCAGAAGAGGCAGAAGUUGUGGGCUGCUGAGGCCAAAGCCAGGAAGAUGGAAGCUUUCCUGAAGGAGAGGGAGAAGGAAGUUCUCCAGCUCCAGGAGGAAGCCAAAACCUUCAUCACCUUGGAGAACCUGGAUGCCCGGAUCGAGGAAUGCCUGGACAACCCCCGCAACUACAACUUUGCCAUUGACAAGGAAGGGCGGAUUGUGAAGCGGACGAUGUUGUCCUAA